CGGAACCUGAAAGCUUGCGUUGGCCUCAAGGUUCGAAUUUGCUAUCCCAUCCAGCUUUAUGGAGUCAAUAACACCCGACUGGCCCCCAGUCGCUGUCGGAGAAGGCGUUUCAUCGCAGGAGCGCGAACUUCUUCCAGACGAGCACCGGCAGCUAGAUGUUUCGGACCUGCCUGAAGACACGGUCCCAGAGCGGUCCUCGCCGAGCGUAGCGGAUGCAUUUCCCGAAGCAGAGAGCGCCGAUGGUUUGUCGGAGGACAUUACACUAGCAAAUGACAGCAAUGGCGUGGUUACGGACGGUGGCAUUGCUGGGACGAGAGUGGGUGACCCUCUCGCCGACCUACGAAGUCUGGGGCGGUCCAAUUUACAACCACCAGGACCGCCUUCGAUGGUGCGAGCAGCGUCUCUAGGCUUUGACGAGGUUGCGGCCGCGACACCGUCAGCUUCAUCCAAUAAUAUGCCUCUAGGAACUUUCUCAAGUCCUGGAUCUCUCAUUGACAUUCAGCCGAUGGGCGAGGCUCCUGCCGCAGCACCUGUGGUUGAUAAUGGCCCCAUUCCUUUCUUCCAGCAGUCAGAACCUCUCGGAGCUGUUGGUGGGGUUGAUUUCUUUGCAAGCUUACCUGGGCAGCAACCGAAUAUUCGCGUCGAGAAUAGUGAAACGGGAGCGUCCUCCACCACAUCUUCACAGCAGCCGUACAUUUCACCCGUCACAUCCUCUCCAUCAGGACCAUCGCCAUCUGGCGCUUCCAUUAUUUCGCUGGAAACUGCCACAAUGACCGGACAAAAGCCCCCUCUACCUGCUAAUAGCAUAGAUGUAAAUGCAGCUCCCCCUUCUCACGCUGCACCAUACCCCAUAUCGGCCGCUGCCACUACUCUUAUGCCUGCCACCCAGCCUCUGUUCGCCGCAAAUUUUGAUAUUUUGAACCGAGCUCACCCGACCGCAUCCAAAGUACCACAAGCAACCGCUGCCCUUGAUCCAAAGUACCAAAGUCUUCCCACGAAGCGCUGGACUGAUCCCAGCGUCUUUUACGACAUACCUCCCCGAGAUCCCAUUGGUGAGAUCUUCCCUAAAGCUUUCCCAGUUGACACAGGUCCUAGACCAACACGCAAGAUCUUGCGGGUGGACGAUGUCGCUUCGGAGUCUGAUCCGUUCCUUGCGCUGAUAGAUGCAAACAGUUGGAGAAGUGUUGCCAUUCUCGCACGGCAGAGGCUUAUAGCAACACACCCCGCACAUGUGAAAGAGAUCAUGCGACUUUGGUUUGUGAGGCUAACUGCCCUAGCAAGACUGAGGUUGUUCGAAUUUGCCUCGAGCGAGCUGCAGAAAGUCGGUGCAACAGAUCUUGACCCCCCUAAUUUGCGAUAUGAAAAGCAUCUGGACGUAUUUCCGAACGCCAGUGGCUCGAUGCUGAGCUUUGAGAUACGGUUGUUCUGGGCACGAAUACCGAGUUUCAAAGCCCACCAUCAAGAAAGUGUCAACAGAAUGUACAAAUUAUUGUAUAUAUGCCGGCGAAUGGUUCAGCAAUGUAAAUCUGGAGGCGGAAAAGGCGAAGAUGAACCAGAAUCUGUCUGGAGAAACAGAGAGGGUCAAAUUCAGCUUCAAAUAGCGAAUCUCCUACUUGAUCUGAAAGAUCAUCGUGCGGCUAGCGCGGUUCUGCGCGCCGUGAGCCAAUCAAGGACCAGCGACGCUAAUCUACUCUCGGCCUUGGGUCGCGUGCAUCUACAAAUGGGGAACGUCCCAACAGCUCGGGACAUAUUCCAACGCGUGUCUGACCUCGUCAGUAAAGAUGUGUCCCAAACUGCACGGCAUGACCUAGUACUCAGCAAUCGCGCCUUUCUUCACAUGGCGGAAGGUGAAUGGGAAAGUGCAGUGAACUGCCUCACCCAACUAUUAGGCCUGAACCCAACAUCAGUUGUCUGCGUCAAUAAUCUCGCGCUAUGUCAGCUGUACACUGGGAAUGUUGGACAAGCUGUGAGCUUUCUGGACAGCAUUGCAAUUGACAUGCCCCGCAAAGCUGGAGUCUGUGAAGAGUUAUUAUUUAAUCUAUGCAGUUUGUACGAUUUGACGGAUAUGAGUGUGGAAAGGAAGAGGAAGCUGUUGGGCACCGUGGUUAGCCGAUUCGCUGGAGACGAUUUUGAUCCUGCAUGCCUAAAAUUAUAACAAUGGAGGUGUAGCUGGCAAUAAAGAUAAUAACGACAUCACCCACAUUGAC